CUUUCUCUCUCUCACCCACCCUCGAAAGUUCCACAAAGGUUCAACGUUCCGUUCUCUCUCUCUCUCUAUCUCUCGCUCGCCCCCUCCCCCAAAAGACCGUUCUACCCCCGUUCCGUCCCGUUAAUCUCCACCUGCCCACUCCUAUAUCACCGCCAAGAACUUCUCUCUUUACCUCGCUCUCUUCGCUCGCCGGAACCCUAGCUUACAGCUAGCUCUGGUCUCCCCUCCGAUGGGCGCGCCGUGAGGGGGGGGGGCGGCGGAUCUCGUGGCGGCUUGGAUGGAGGCAGGGGUGGAUGAGGCGAUCGAGGAGGUUGGGGAGAGCUCAUCGCCGCCGAGGGGGCUCAGCCACGCCGGCGGAGAAGGAAUCGCGCCAUGCGACAUCAAGGACGAAAUCUUUGCGCGGCUGAUGGAGAACGGGAUCGAGGAGGUCGUCUCCAAUCCCCACUACAAGGACGAGCUCAUUGCCCACUUCAACCGCUUGCCGGCCAGUUACCUAGUGGAUGUGAGCAUCGAUAAAGCUGAAGAUGUCCUGUUACAUCAGAAGAUUCUAGCAGAGGCCGAGAACCCAGAAAGGCGCCCAGCCUUCCAUGUCCGUUUCAUGAAGCUUGAGGACUUAAAUUUGGACGUGAGAAAGACCACUGAGGACACUGAAGAUGGAACAAAUGUUGCAGAUGCUCUUCCUACAAGGCAUGAUGUUACAUAUGUCCCAAUUCAUGAAGUAACUUUUUCUACUAUUGACAAACCAAAGCUCCUUAGCCAGCUGUCUGCUUUGCUAUCUGAUAUUGGAUUGAACAUCCGUGAAGCUCAUGUCUUUUCAACAAUGGAUGGCUAUUCUCUGGAUGUAUUCGUUGUAGAUGGGUGGCAUGAAGAGGAUACAGAUGGCUUGCACAAGGAGCUUGAGGCAGCAAUUGCAAGAAAUGAGGGGUCGUGGUCCGGUUCAUCUCAUUCUUCAGCUGCGGAGAAGAUAUUAGCAGUGCAACCAAAAGUUGGUGAGUGGGAAAUUGACAAAAGAUUAUUAAAGAUGGAAGAGAAGAUUGCAAGUGGAUCUUGUGGGGACUUGUAUCGUGGAAGUUACCUUGGUGAGGAUGUUGCUAUUAAAGUUCUAAGAUCUGAGCAUCUACAUGAAACUGCAGGGGCAGAAUUUGCUCAAGAAGUAAUGAUUUUAAGGGAAGUCCAACAUAGAAAUGUUGUUCGAUUUAUUGGUGCUUGCACAAAACCUCCACAGCUAUGCAUAGUAACAGAGUACUUGUCUGGAGGAAACCUCUAUGACUUUCUUCAUAAGCAUCAUAACAUCCUGGAGCUCCCUGUGCUGCUGAAGUUUGCACUUGAUAUUUGCAGAGGAAUGGAUUAUUUGCACCAAAAUAACAUUGUUCAUAGGGAUUUGAAGACAGCUAACCUGCUGAUGGAUAACAAUCAUGUUGUGAAAGUGGCAGACUUUGGUGUUGCUCGGUUUCAAAAUCGAGGGGGGGAUAUGACAGCAGAAACUGGGACAUACAGAUGGAUGGCUCCUGAGGUUAUAAAUCAUCAACCUUAUGAUCACAAAGCAGAUAUCUUCAGUUUUGCUAUUGUGCUUUGGGAGCUUGCAACAUCAAAGAUCCCAUAUGAUACCAUGACACCCCUGCAAGCCGCCCUAGGGGUGAGGCAGGGAAUGCGCCCAGAGCUUCCUGAGCAUGCACAUCCUGGACUGCUAGACUUGAUGCAGAGAUGCUGGGGGACAGCUCCUGCUAAACGGCCCUCUUUUUCACAGAUCAUCGUUGAGCUUGAGGAACUUUUGAAACAGCUUGCAACUAGGCCAUCGCUGUGGUACACAGGCUUACCAAUUCUCUGUCAUUAUAAUAGGAAAAUGGGGAAACGAGCAAGCCGGAAACAGAUGCUUCAGAGAAAUUGGAGAAAAUAACCAUUCCAUAUGUAGAUUAAUGGCAGUCAUUGCGAACGAAGUUUAACAGAGACGAAUCAAGCUGAUACAAUGUGCCAAUGUAGCAGCAUUUGGUUGACUUCCACCUCCGUUCAAUUCACGUUUCUUCUGUGGUCUUUAUCACAAAGAAGAAAUCUAUAUAGAGCCUUGUUGAUAUUCUGUCUCGGCUGCCGGUUCUUUGGUCAAAAACCAUACUCAACACAAUAUUGCUGGCUACUGUGAAUAUUUUAUUUCCUCAUUUAUACUGAUCCUUUUCACAAGAAAUCACACCCAGGGGCGAAGACCAAAAUUGUUGUUUUCUUCGGUCUAUGUAUUUCUAAACUGACUUGCAAAUCUGCUGAUUUGGCUAAUCAAUUUACUUGGUGUACGGCUGCCUAUCUGUCA